AUGUCUACCUGCAGCGCUCGUAAUUCCGGCGACGGCGGUGAGGGCGUCGACCGCAUCAGCCACCUCCCGGAGGAGCUCAUCCAGAACAUCCUCGUCCGCCUCCCGUCCGUCGACGCGGCGGCGCGCACCAGCGUCCUCUCCCGGCGAUGGCGCCGAGUCUGGACCCGCCUCCCGUCCCUCUCCUUCCAGUGUGAUUCCGAGAAGCCGGGCGCCAUCGACGCCGCGCUCGCCGCCUACUCCGCGCCGGCGCUGAACCGCCUCGCCCUCUCCGCGGCCCACGCCCUCGAGGCCGCCACCGUCGCGCCGUGGCUGGAGUUCGCGUCGCGUCGCGUCGCCGGCAACCUCACGCUCAACUUCUCGGUGGCCGGCGGCCUCGAGCUGCCCGCCUGCGAGCGGGCGACGAGCAUCAACCUCCACGUCGGGCACCUCCGCCUCCCGCCGGCCGGCUCAUUCGCGGCGCUGGCCUCCCUGGCCAUCGUCGGCGCCCGCAUGCAGGGCGGCGACUUCGAGGCCGUGUGCUCGCCGCGGUGCCCUCGCCUCCGGCGGCUCGCCGUGCGCAGCGUCACGCUCGUCGGAGGCGCCGCCGACGUCUCUGUGCGCUCCGGCUCGCUGGAGUGGCUGGUCUUCAUGGCGCAGGGCGUCGGCCGGCUGGAGGUCGCCGCCCCGAGGCUCCGGUACUUCCGGGCAGAAGCCAAGGCCGCCGCCGGCGACGUCUCGGAUGUCAGCGUCGCCUCCCCGGUGCUCGAGGACGUCGCUUGGUACGGGGAGUUCGACCCGCGCCGCCACCGGUUCGCAGAGGCCGGCCACCGCCUGCGGAAGCUGAUGGUCAUGGACAUGCCGACGGCGGCGCUGAUGCGGCGCUUCUACAUCGUCGACGAGCUCGUGCUUAGCUUCGGAAUUUCACCGGGGAUCAGAGGGUACAAGACGUUUCUGAAUGCUACGAGCAUGAUUGCAAAGUGUGAGGUUUUGGAGGUGCAGGUGACGACGAGACGGCACGCCUUUUCAUCAGCAGUGUUGCAUCUCCUCAGGAAAUCAGGUGACGACGAGACGAAGCUUCUGAUUCGUCUGCCUCGGAUGGGGAACAAAAGCUGCACGGAGGGCUGUCCUUGCUCUCUGACGGAUAGCUGCAACACUGACAAGAUUCAGUUAGAUUCGCUGAAAGAGGUAGAAAUAUUGGAGUUCCAGGGAGAAUUUAAUCAGAUGAAAUUUAUCAACCUGCUGCUCGAUUGCCAAGCGCCAAUCCUUAAGAAGGUAUAUGUCAGAAUCCCAAAGGAUGUGAAGUCCAUCAGCAAUACGAAGAGCAAGAAAAUUCGCAGCAUUAUUGAUGGUCAUCCGGAGAUUGAUGUUGAAUUCAAGUUAUGGUCGUGA